GUUUGCGCGAUGGGCCCCUCAGCGCCCAACAUAGUCGCUGGCUGACUUAGUUCCGUGAUGAUUUGAUUUGUAUAUGCACCAAUUAUUAACAAAAAUGCUCCAGCGCACCGUUCUACGGGGUCGCCCGUUCUGCGGGGCCUCGCCUCGGCUCUCUGCCUUCACUCGGUCGCCCGUCGCGCACGCCAGCACGGACGGAGCCACCACGGCCAAGCCCAAUAUUGCGGACUUGGCGAAAAUGGCUCAAAUCAGUGUGACAGAACAAGAGGCGGCGGACUGGGCCCCGAAAAUCAACAGCGUGCUGGACUGGUUCGGCCAGCUCCAGUCUGUGGAUGUCAAGGGCGUGACGCCCGCCAUCCACGCCUAUUCGGAAAGCAACCGCCUGCGGCCGGAUGAGGCGCACACCUAUGAGGCGCGAGCACAGCUCCUGGCACAGGCGCCACAGACGGAGAACACCUACGUCCGCGUGCCCAAGACGGCGGGCGGUGGCGACGGCGAGGCGGCAGCAGCCGCCAAGCCCGCCGCCGCUGCCGCGCCUGCGGCUGCGCCGGCGGCUGCCGCCGCUGCUUCCUCCGACGCCGCUGCCGCCCCGGCCGCGGUGCCGGAGGUGCCGCUUGAGGCGGUGCACGCACUGGACAUCCGUGUGGGCCGCAUCAUCAGCUGCGAGCGGCACCCAGACGCCGAGAGCCUGUAUGUUGAGAAGAUCGAUGUCGGCGAGCCAGAGCCGCGCACCAUCGUGUCGGGCCUGGUCAAGUAUGUGCCGCUGGAGGCCAUGCAGGACCGCAUGGUGAUGGUCAUCUGCAACCUCAAGCCUCGCAACAUGCGCGGCAUCAAGUCGCACGGCAUGCUGCUCGCCGCCUCCGACGAGCCGCACCUGGUGGUGGAGCCGCUGGCGCCACCGCCCGGCGCCAAGGCGGGAGAGCGCGUGUGGUUCGGCGACAACGCGGAGCAGCCCGCCGCCGCUGACGCCAAGGUGGUGGACAAGAAGAAGUUCUGGGACGCGGUGCAGCCGGCGCUCCGGACCGACGGCGGCGCGGUGGCCACACUGGCACUGGGCGGGCAGCGCCUGCCCAUGAACACCAGCGCGGGGGCGGUGCGGGCGCCCUCGCUCACCGGGGCGCGCAUCGCGUAGAGGUUGCGCAGGGCGAGGUGGCGGUGGUGGUGGUGCUGGUGGGAGGGAGGUGGAGGGCGGGGACGGGUGUGGGAGGUGGGAUGGGAGAAGAGAGGAGGGGAGGGGAGGGGAGGAGAGGAAGAUGUAUGUGGGUGUGGGGCUGGCGGAGGUAGGCAGGAGGUUUGUUGUAGAGCUGGGUGUGGGAGGAUGAGGAUGUUGGUCAAGGGCCACCUCGCGGAGAGGCCCAUGACGGAUGAUGAGGUCAUGAGGCCCGAUGCGCGAGUCGAGCCAGGCGAAUCCGCGACUGGUGGGAGGAUACGCUGCACGCGGCCCGGCUGUUGACCAGGAGGUGUUGUAACGCGUGGUGCUG